ACGCAUGCGCUCGUCGUCGUCGGCUUGGCAGUCGUCGGUCAGCUCAGCAGACAAACUUCGCAUCUGCCCCAAUCGUUAUGGGUAUCCAGGCCCUAGGCCUAGGAAAUCAGCGUCUCCACGCCCUAAAUUGCAGUAUUUCAUCGACUGAGGAGUAACAUAUUGUUCACAGCAGUCAGCAAAGGUUCCACAAACAUGGAGACGGAAUCUCCGAUGCAGGAAACCGUCUACGGGACGACGAACGAAGAGACGCACGAUGUGAUGUCCGAAAAGGUGCAGACGUUGGCUGGUAAUAUCUACCAGGAGUUUCAGCGUAUGAUCGAGAAGUAUGACGAAGAUGUGGUCAAAGACCUUAUGCCACUCGUUGUGAACGUUCUGGAGAGCUUGGAUUUGGCUUGCAUGGAGAACCAAGAGCAUGAAGUGGAACUGGAGCUGCUCCGAGAGGAUAACGAACAGUUGGUGACACAGUACGAACGCGAAAAACAGCUGAGGAAAGCCGCCGAACAGAAACUUUUAGAAGUUGAAUACACUGUAGAUGAUGAUCGCCGGGACCUUGAAGGAAAGGUUGAGGGGCUGGAGUCUGCGGUCCGCAUACUGGAGCUCAAGUCGAAAAAUUCGUCUGAUCAUGCUUCAAGAUUAGAAGAAAAGGAGUCUGAAAUGAAAAAAGAGUAUGCAAAACUGCAUGAAAGAUACACUGAAUUAUUCAAGACACACAUGGAUUACAUUGAAAGAACAAAAAUAUUGUUUGGCUCUGACAGAAUGGAGAUGUCAGGUGUGAAAGGAAGCAAGACGGGAAUGCACUUUGCACUCAGCAAGUCUCCUGGUGGCCCUGCUUCCUUGGGCCUUUCAGGUGAAACCACUCCAGCUAGACUAAUUCCAACAUCACCAGACUACCCAGACCUCAUCUCACCUACAAAGAGCAACGAUUCCAAUGCCAGCCUCAAAAGUGAAAUACAGGAAGUUCAUGUUGGUACAGUUCCUCCUGCUCCACAGCCUCCACAGGCAGCACCUGCUGAACACCUGCCUCCUAAGGUUGGCCAAGUGCAAAAAAGUGGUUGGGUGGAUGGGUUCAGCACGGACAUGUCCAUGUCGGAGACAACAUCACUAACUCCUGAAGUGGAAGACAUUGAGGACAUUACUCAUGAUGAUGAAGUUGGUGUUGACAAAACGACAGUGCGCAGAGAACAGCGCAGGCCAAACACGCUUUACCAAGAACUCAGUUUCCAUGAUGAAAACAUGGCUGAAGGUGAAGAAGGCUCCGAUGUUACAGACAGUGACGCAGAAAGUGAGCCAGAUAAUCACGGUGGCAAAAAUGUUACUGACAACAUAUUCGGCAUGGGAAAGGAGGUUGAAAACAUCAUCAUGGAGAACAUUGAGCUCCUUGCCACAAAGAAUGCGCUAAACAUUGUUAAAGACGACCUAAUCGCCAGGGUUGACCUUCUUACCAGUGAAAAAGAGAUACUUCAGGGUGAAGUGAAAGCACUUGAACAUGCUCGAGAUUCCCAGAAGCAGAAGAUUCAUGAACUGGAAGAUGAACUGAGGAAGAUCAGAGAGGAACUUGAAAAAAUGAAGGCUGCCAAGUCUGAUGAUGAGCAGGAGGACGUUCCAAUGGCUCAGCGCAAGCGCUUCACCCGAGUGGAAAUGGCUCGCGUGCUCAUGGAGAGAAACCAGUACAAGGAGCGCUACAUGGAACUGCAGGAGGCCAUUCGGUGGACAGGCAUGAUCAAGGCAUCGCGCACAGACCCCACUGCAGACCCAAAGAAGAACCGCUCCUCCAUUUGGAAGAUCUUCAGUAAUCUGUUCAGCGCUGCUGACAAGCCACAGCAGAAGCCAGUGUCGACUGUGAAUGUCCGCUACAAUGCUCCUUCAACGAGACUCAGCCCUGCCCUAGAGUCGAUGCGGAAGAAGAGGCUGGGGGAAAAGCAUCGAGGUUUUGACUUUUUGGACAGUGACCUGGCAUCAGAAAGGCUGCAAGCACAGCGUGCCCGUGAACGUCGGGAGCAGUACAAACAGGUGCGGGCCCACGUGCGCAAGGAGGAUGGUCGAGUUCAAGCAUAUGGCUGGAGUCUGCCAACCAAGACGACGCCUGUGAAACUGGACCUGCCCCAGCCUCCACUGAAUGCAACAACACACGAACAUGGGGGUGCACCAUCCCACGUGCCUGUGCCAGUGCCUGUGUUCUGCCGUCCACUCCAGGAGACCAGCUCCCCCAUGAAGGUCUGGUGUGCAGCUGGGGUAAACCUGACAGGUGGGCGAACGCGUGAUGGGGGUACCAUUGUUGGCGCCAGUAUUUUCUACAAGGAGCAGAAAGCCGAUGCACCAUCACCAGCGGAUGACAUCGACAGGCUAGAGCUUGAACUCAGGCAGCAGGAGCAGGAACGGAGAGAGCAAGAGGAGAUGGCUCAGCGACUUUCCUCGCUUGUCUGGAUCUGUGCAUCUACCCGGGAAAACAGCGAGGUGUAUGUCGUCGAUGCUAACAACCCAGCAGACAUCCUGGACACAUUUCAUGUCUGCCCCUCCCACCUGCUCUGCAUAGCUUCGGUGCCAGGUGCGAAAGAGACAGACUACCCCGUAGAUGAAGAAUUCAACAAGCUUGGCUUGGAUGAGAUGAUUGAUGCAAGCCAGCAGGACUUUUCACCCAGCUCAAAAGCACCUGAGACCCAAAGUGGUGCUAAGGACCAAGACGGGAAUCCAAAAGUUGGAAAGCUUGUCUUUGUAAAAAGUGCCCCUGCUCCCGUUAGCAGGCCUGCGUCACCUCCUAAAGAAAGUAAAGGGGAAGGAGGUGCCGGAGAAGUUGCAGAGGCAGUUGAUGCGCUGGAAGAACUUGAGAGGGUCAAAACUGGUGGUGCUAGCCAGGAGUCAGCUGCCACAGCAGGAAGCAGCCAGGGUGGCAAGGAACGAACCGGUGGCCCCCGACGACCUUGGGUGCUGUUGAAGGAGGGUGCCCCACCUGAUAUUGUCAAAGAUGGCAUCUCUGAACUGCCCACCGACAACCACUUGGCAUACGAUCAGCUGGAGAAAAUGUCCAGUGUGCUGCCCACAAUGUGGUUGGGUUCGCAGAAUGGAAUCAUCUACGUGCAUUCUUCUGUGGCACAAUGGAGGGUGUGCAUAGACUCUGUUAAGCUUGCUGACUCGGUGCUAAGCAUUGUCCACGUCAAGGGUCGCGUGUUUGCAGCCUUGGCUGAUGGCACUGUUGCGAUAUUCCAUAGAAAGCAAGAUGGCCAGUGGGACCUGAGGAACUACCACAUACUCGACCUUGGGAAGCCGCACCACUCAAUUCGGUGUAUGACAGUUGCCCACACGAAGGUUUGGUGCGGCUACAGGAACCGGAUACAUGUGGUCCACCCCAAGACUCUCACUGUGGAGCACUCCUUUGAUGCUCACCCACGCAAGGAGAGCCAGAUUAGGCAAAUGGCCUGGGUAGGAGAUGGAGUUUGGGUUACAAUACGACUGGACAGUACCCUGCGGCUUUACAACGUCCACACUUACCAACACUUGCAGGACAUUGACAUUGAGCCCUACGUUUCCAAGAUGCUAGGCACAGGCAAGCUUGGAUUCUCGUUUGUGCGCAUCACGGCCCUGUUGAUUUCGUGCAACAGACUCUGGAUGGGCACUGGCAAUGGCGUCAUCAUUUCUGUUCCAUUGUCGGAAGCAGGGAACAAGCAGGCGUCUGCCUCAACCACGCCAGUCGCGAGUGGAGUGCGGAUGCCGGGUGCUGUUGUUCGGGUGUACAGUGACAGCCGAGAGAACAUCACGACUGGCAGCUUUGUGCCCUACUGCUCUAUGGCACAAGCUCAGCUCUCCUUUCACGGACACAGAGACUCGGUCAAGUUUUUUGUGGCUGUUCCUGGUACUGGUGGCAUGGGUUCUUCAGACAAAGAAGGUGCAUCUGAAGAAAAGACUGGAGACAUAGCACUGGGCUCUGAAGAUGCUUCUCCAAAGUGCAUGCUGGUUUUGUCUGGUGGCGAAGGCUACAUUGACUUCCGAGUUGGAGACGGUGAGGAAGAAGAAUCAAGUGGGGAUCGCAUCUCGGCAGCUAUUGGAGCACCUGUCGAGAAGAAACUGCACCAGGGCACAACCAAGAGUGAACGGAGUCACCUCAUCGUCUGGGAAGUGGCACUAAAUGAGUGAUUGUUGAAUUUAGUAGCACUACUGGACUACUUGCGAUUUCAGGCCACCAUGGGGUGUCGUGAUGUACCAUUUACUUUGUUGCCACUCUAAGUUCGAAUAUUGUUUCUUAGUUUAUUCCCUGUGACUGGCCUGUGCCUGAAUUUGUGAGUGCUGAGAGUAUUGUUGCCGCUGUGCUCUUUAUCAGGCCUUGUUUUUUGAGGUAGAUGUCCAUAGAGUAUGUGUAAAGUAUUUUUUAAAGGGACAUCAGCAUUUUUUUUCUAUGCCUCUCUUAGCCUUUUCUGACGAAGGAGUAUGUCCCGACGCAUUUAGUUUGUUGGCUGCGGUUUUGUGCGAGUUGUAAACUGCACUGUCUUGGGAAGACGGUCUGUACAGUUCUGACAUUUUUAGCUCUUUUUGUGUUGUUCUUCAAGGCAGGAACUUUAUGGCGGCCACCCAGGCAAGCAGGGAUGAAGAUGCGAAUACAAUGGUACUUGAGUACAUGCUAGAUUUUUCAUGUGUUGCACAAGUGCAUUCAAGCACUUUGCAGUGGGCAGUUGAACGACUUGCGAGCUUCUUGAUGCAUUGUAAAUCUUGUCGCAUUACUAUGUCAGAAAAUAGAAUGGAAAGCUGAGCUAUAUAUAAAAAUGGUUCUGCCUGUUGUGCCACAUUGGCUUAUACAUACUAUAAAUACAUAGCUGUAGCAUACCUCAUUCAGAGAUAUACAAACAUAAUAUAUAUGUAUAUGCUUAUUGUCUAUGCAGUCAGUGAUGUUUUAUGUAGACCACCCUGCUUUUGAUGUAUUGUUGUUUCUUUUGUAAACUUGGGUUUCGUGGCUGCAUGUAAAGCACUCUAUAUUUAUACCUGCAGCAUCUGUGCUAAUGAUGCACAUGUACGAUAGCUAAUUCCUGUGACAGAAGUGCUUCUGCUUUGAGCUGGUAUUAUAAAGGCUACUCAAAAUCUGAAGAAUGCCGUGUCUUGUAAAUUUCCUUAUAUAAGCUUACCCCAUGUUCAACUAUUGAACCGUUUACGUGUAAAAAAUGUUUGCUUUUAAUCUUGUACGUGGCAUUAUACAUUUUUUGCUCAUUCUUACAAAUGUUGCCAGCUUUUCUACAGAAUGUAGUGCAAACACAUUGAUGUUCCGGUGAUGUGGCAUGAAAGGUGGAAAUUACAUUAUGCGAUGUUUCUUUGUGGACAUUUGGCUCAACUGUAUUUAUCAAAAUUUCUUAUAGAAAUAUAGAUUUUUCUCCCUGCAGUAGCCACCUGCAUUGAAGUCACGUAUUCUAAUACCUUGCUUCGCACUAUAAAGUGCCACCAUAUUGCAAGUGGUUCCUGCUGGGGCACAAAUUGCCACAACCUAGUACAGAAUGCAGAUUGUUUGUAACACACAGUCGACUUACAGUGUUUCUUUGCUCAUGUUUUAUAAAUGAGUGGGUGAAUAAUGUUAGUAAGGGAGUUUGUAAGAAGGAAGCACAUGAGGGUGCAAGGCAUUCUGAAUGAAGGUUUUUAUGCCCGAUUAAAGAAUUUGAAGC